AUGAAGCUCCAUACUCUUCCAUUACAUGCGUUGCUAUUUAGCCAAGCAUUCGCUCUAGUUCCCCCGGCCGCAAUACCACAACACGGUCAACACCCCGUUCACGAGCGCACCAGCUCGACAGCAUCCCUUCUAUCGCUGCACAAAGACCUCGUUGAAAUUGAAUCAAUCACCGGAAACGAAAACGGCGUCGGGAAAUACCUAAUUCAGUACCUGGAGGCCCAAAAUUUCACUGUUGAAACACAAGACGUCGGCUCCGCAACAAAUGCCUCGCGCCAAAAUAUUCUGGCAUACCUCGGUAGCAAGCGGGAGACAAGAGUAUUGAUAUCAUCACACAUCGAUGUCGUCCCGCCCUACUGGCCGUAUGAGAGAAGAGGCGAUGAGAUAUGGGGCCGCGGCACUGUCGAUGCGAAAGGCAGCGUGGCCACGCAAAUAACAGCCGUGGAAGAGCUCCUAGCUGAAGACAAAAUUUGCCCCGGGGAUAUCGCUCUGCUUUUCGUUGUCGGAGAAGAAAAGGGCGGCGAUGGAAUGAUCAAGGCCAAUGACUUGGGAUUGAAGUGGGAAGCGGUUAUUUUCGGUGAGCCGACCGAAUUAAAGCUUGCCAGUGGCCAUAAGGGCAUCAUGGGCGUGACUCUCCGGGCCCAUGGCAAGGCCGCGCAUUCUGGGUAUCCCGAGCUGGGCAAGAGUGCUAAUGAGAUGCUGAUCUCUGGAUUGUAUGCCUUGCUACAUACUGAUCUACCAUGGAGUGAAAAGUAUGGUAAUACGACGCUUAAUAUUGGGAGAAUCGAGGGGGGCGUUGCAGCGAACGUUAUCCCUGAGGAUGCCAGUGCCAGCCUGGCGUUGAGGAUUGCGGAUGGGGAACCUACUGAUUUGGCCGAGAUAUUAUUGAAGGCCCUAAAUACGACGGGUGAGGUGUUUAAUUCGACUUUCCAGUAUGGAUAUGGACCAAUCGAUAUCGAUGCCGACGUACCAGGUAAUAUCACCCUUGAAAUGUCUAUGGAUAUCGUGACUAAUACUUUUUCAGGAUUUGAAACCAUUGUUGUCAACUAUGGAACAGAUAUUCCCAAUCUAAAGGGCGACCACAAGAAGUAUUUGUACGGGCCAGGUUCUAUCUUGGUGGCUCACAGCGACCACGAGCAUCUGAACGUGUCGGAUCUAGUGGACGCCGUCAAGGGCUACAAGCUCUUGAUUGAGCACGCAUUAGCAUAA